AUGCCCAAGCGAGUGAGGAACAAUGGCUGUUACGUUGUGCCUUCUGGCUACAAUGUCGUACCGCAGCUGUAUUGCACCGCGACGGCUACUCCCAGUAGCAUCGCGGCCUCCAGCACCCCGUCGAUUAUGCAAAUUACGUCCAGCAGCAUAGUGUCUUCCCCCAUCGUGCCUUCGUCAAGUGCGGUCCCACCGUCAUCUACGCCAAGUGCGCAGGUCCUCCCAUCAAGCAGUGCGACAACCAUGGCAUCGAGUUCUGCAUCUUCUGCGCUAUCGUCUGCUGGGGUACCACCAACAACGACUCCAUUCUCCGCACUUUCAUCCGCAUUAGUGUCUCCUAUCCUCACAGCAACGAGCUCGGUGACUCCAAGUUCAUCAAUAGCGAGCUCAAGCGCUGUGCAAAGCUCCGCUUUGCCGGGUAUAGUAGGUGGUGUAGUAACGGGUGCUGCAAGUGCGAGUAGUGCAGCACAAGCAUUCUCCCAAAAUCCGACCACUGACACCGAAACUGCGUUAAAACAGGCAGUUUCUGCCGCUCAAGAUGCUGCCACAGCGGCAAAGGCCCUUGCAGAUGCAGCCGCCUUCACAGCUCUUAGCGCUGAGUUGGCAACAGUCCUCAGUUCGUUGAGUGAGGCUGCAGCAACUCUCGCAUCCGCAGAGGCCCUCGCUGACAUCGCUGCGGCCGUCGCUCCUGAGCUCGCCGCCGCUGAAGCCGCUGCAGCUACCGCUCAAGCAAUCGAAAACGCAGGCCCUGAUAGUCCCGAGCCAACUGCCCAGCAACCAUCGGCCAACCAGCCGUCCGGGACACAGGCGUCUCCAACAAUCUCCGCGAGCUCGGCUGCUGGCUCUUCCAUCGCUCCAUCAAGUGCUCCAGUCGCGAGUAGCUCUUCCGCUGCAACAUCGUCCGUCAUGUCUGCAAGCGCCUCUUCUACCAUUACGUCCUCGGCAACUGCGUCAGCCUCGACCUGUGAUGCCUGUGUCGCUUGUGCUGAUUCUACAAUUGCUCCAAUCCCAACGCCAGGUCCAGUCGAUCCUUUUGCCCAGUACGCAGGCUCCAUAACUGACAACAGCACCACCACCAAACCCAGGAAAAGAUUUCAUAGCGCCGACUUUGUCGAGAUAGAGCCAAGAGCGAACUCCGCAACCAGGGACAUCACAAUAUGCGGCCAAGAUUUCUCCGCCCCAUCCUACAACUCCUACAGCACAACAGGCAACGGCAACUCUUACAGUCCCUACUACAGCUACAUGUUCCAACUUCCCCGAUGUUCUACCUACAAUUGGGCUCUGACCCAAGGACCCACGGCCCCAGACAGCGCAAGCUAUGCAACCGAGCACAUCUACGAGCUCCAACUCAUCGCCAUCUUCCUCCGAUGGUUAGCAGCCAACAACGCAGGCCUGCAAGCCUACCUCGCCGUCAACAACAGGAACGUUUGCGCCAACUUCAUCAACCAAAUCCUCUUCGGCCAGGGCCAGCAAUGGACCGUCACCACCUUUGGCGCCGGAGGCAGCAUCAAAACCGCCGGCAGCCGACCCAUCGACGAGCUCAUGAGUCAAAUGUCCGGCGGGACUCGCACCAGCGAACUCGUCUAUCUAGAAAACCACCUGAACGGCCUCAAAGCUCAACUCUUCGGCGGCAAUACCCCCUCCACCAUGACCAUGGCCGCCGCCCAACUGGCCCUCGUCGGCGAAUCCUCCGCGCUGUACCUCUACCUCCAAGACCCCAACGUGUCCGCCAUCUUCAAAGCCGUCUCCGACCGCGUCAAGACCUUCUACGCGAAACUGGACCGAGCCUGCGGACGCGGCGCCAGGGGCCCGUGUGCCGCGAACGUGCAGUGGGAAAGUAGCUAUCAGACGUGGCAAGCGCAGUAUCUGCAGCAGAUCGACGCGAGCUGGCAAGGGUGGAAGAGCGCGCAGGUCGCGGCGGCAGUGACGCAGAUCACGCCGAAGACGAGGGGCUCUGCUAUGUGGCAGACACUUCUGAACGCGGUGAAUGCGCAGACGAGUACGGGGCUGUUGAGUGCCGGGAGUUAUACCUUUGCUGGUAGUCUGACGAUUUGA